UGCAAAAUUCCCUUGUCUUAAUGCCCGACACCCUACCUCUAGUUUGAAUUUGAACAUGCUGGUUUUGCCUAUUUUUGAACUUUGUAUGAACAGAAUGAGACUUUGGAACCUAGAUUGUUUUUCUCAACAUGUCUGUGAGAUUCAUAGAGUUGAUUAGUUGCAGUUUAUUUGUUUUCAUUGUGCUUCAGUAGUCUUAAUGAACCUAUUCUACUCUGGUGGUCAAUGAGGUGUCUCCAGGUUAGGACUCUUAUGGAAUAGUGCUGUUUACAUACAAUUAUGCUCAAGGAUACACACAGCAUAGAACUUUUUAUAUCCUUCAGUUUUAACAUUUUUGCAUUACACUGUAAUCAUUGUAUUACACAUCUUUUUAACACAAUAAACUGGGGUGUUUUGUAACCUCAGUAUCAAUUACAUCACAUGAAGCACAGUAGAAGAUUAAGAAAUGUUUGUAAAGGAAAGAGCAUGUGAAGGAACCCUUUCUUAGUUUUUUUUUAUUGCUUAUUUCUUUGUUUCUUAAAACAAAAUAUUUUACUUCCCUACCGUCAUCAGUAAAAAUGAGUCUACUCUUAAGACAUGCCUAGAAAUAAUGAUCAAGAAUGCUUUAUUUAUAUGGUAAUGCUUUGCAACAGAUACAAAUAUUGAAUCAGUAUUUUGUACACCUGAAGUCAAUAUACAUCAAUUAUGUAUCCUUUUUAAAAGUGUUUCAUAUUAGUCACUGUACUGAAAGUACUGAAAAACAUUAACUAAUGUUCCAUGAAAUAUAUUUUAGGUAGAAUUACAGGUUCCCAUAGUUGGAGGGCACCUUGCAAACUGAUUCAAUCUAUCAGAAUUAUCUUACUUCUCACAGGCAUUACCACCUCUAAACCAGCACAAGUAUAAAAAGGAGUAAUUUCCUUUCUCCAAUGCUAUUCUCUUUGAUUAGAAACCCAUAGUUUCAACAAACAGAAACAGAAAUCACUUGCAAGCAAUUCUUAUACACCAUUAUCUAAAGAUCAGCAAACCAUAAACUUUCAUACUAUACUAGCUAACUAAACAGUUGUCAAAAUGAAGUCUUAUAUUAGAAAUAGACAUCCAAACCUUUUAUAAAUAUUUAUGAUGGAGUAGAUUAAGAAGAGGAAGAAAAGAGGAAGCAAAAAAAGAUUUAAAACAAAAAACAAAAAAUGAGUAGAGAAAUGAGUAUAUGAAAUACACAAAGUCGUUAGAAAAGCUGUUAAUCUCUUAAUUAAUUGAAGUUUAACAUACACACACAAAAAGAAAUCUUACGCAGCUCAGUAGUUUUACAAAAUGAACACAUUCAUGUAACAAGCACCUCACUGACGAGAAACCAAGUUUUCCAGGGCGAUUUAGUUUCCUGGAAAAAGUCCAAGAUUAUUUCCUAAUCUCUGGAACCUUGAGUAAUUCAGUUAAUGAGUUUCAAUUUCCUAAUUCGUUAACACCCUAUAGUUUUGUGGGUUUUUUUUUUCGUUGUUGGUUUUAAAGAAUGUGUCAUAUGCAUGGCAAAUACCAGGUACUCAGUAAAUGACAGUCUUUGUCACCUGUAUCUCUCUGCUUUCACAUACAUGAUCUUAAAAAGCAUCAGGAACAAGAAAUUAGACUCCAGUUCUGCGAUUCAAACCCAGUCACACCAAGAAGCCCCCGAAAGACAGCACAAAGUGAUCCUUUUGCUGGAAGCCGAUGUGGCAUCUUUGAACUCGCAAGCGCGACGCUGCCAUGGACGCCGCAUCUCAGAGCCGCACUGAAAAACCGAACCGGAAUAGGCGGGAGGAAGACCCGCCGCCGGAGGGAGGUGUCCGGAAGCGCCGCAGGGGAGGGACUACAUUUCCCACAAGUCCGCGGGGCAGGGCGAGGGGCGGGCGUCGGUGACAUUACCGGACAGGCCUUGCCAGGCAAUACCAAGGUAAAUGCCGGCACUGCGGCUCCAAGGGAAGAAUAACUUGUAGUCCUCGCCUAGAUUUGUACUACUGACCCGCCCUGGCCUCUCCCGAACUGACAAAAGCGACCUGGAGACUUUGGGAUUUCCGGGUCACAGGACCCCACCCUCACAAUCCCAAUCAGUCCCCCCGCGAAGGGCCUAGGGUCGCCUCUCAGAUGCUUGAGGACGCAGGGCAUUGUGUAGAAAGGUGAAGUCCAGGGUGCCCCCCUCUAGGGUAGAUGACUUUGGCUUUUUACCCCCCUUCCCCACGCCUGGUCGCUGUUCCAUCUGGCUGGACCUGGACCAAACUCGGCUCCCUACUGCUCGCUGUCAGGGGUGGUGCUAGGGAAGGUGCGCUCGCUCUCUCCUCCGGCCCUGCCUCGUAGCGGGCGACCUUGCGCUCUCUUAAUUGUUGCGCCGAUGUCCUUGGCUCUGGACGGUACAGCCAUCGAAGACCUGCGGGCCUGCUAAGCAUCUCUCUCCAACAUCCCUAGUCCUUUUAUCUACCUGUGGGAUGGUGUAAAGAUUGCUUCGAGAGAGGCUAAGUAACUCGCUCUAGGUUACAGAAUUUAAAUGGCACCGAGGUUCCAUGCAGGCUCCUGGGAAAGCUGGUGCUGCUGUUGCCUGAUUCCAGCCGACAGACCUUGGGACCUGGGCGGGCGCUGGCGACUGGAGAUGGCAGACACAAGAUCCGUGCAUGAAACCAGGUUUGAGGCAGCGGUGAAGGUGAUCCAGAGUUUGCCGAAAAAUGGUUCAUUCCAGCCAACGAAUGAAAUGAUGCUCAAGUUCUAUAGUUUCUAUAAGCAGGCAACAGAAGGACCCUGUAAACUUUCAAGGCCUGGAUUUUGGGAUCCUAUUGGAAGAUAUAAAUGGGAUGCUUGGAGUUCAUUGGGUGAUAUGACCAAAGAGGAAGCCAUGAUUGCAUAUGUUGAAGAAAUGAAAAAGAUACUUGAAACUAUGCCUAUGACUGAGAAAGUAGAAGAAUUGCUACAUGUAAUAGGUCCAUUUUAUGAAAUUGUAGAGGACAAAAAGAGUGGCAGAAGUUCUGAUUUAACUUCAGUCCGAUUGGAGAAAAUAUCUAAAUACCUAGAAGAUCUGGGUAAUGUACUAACUUCUACUCCAAAUGCCAAAACUGUAAAUGGUAAAGCUGAAAGCAGUGAUAGCGGAGCUGAAUCUGAGGAAGAAGAGACCCAAGAGGAAGUGAAAGGAGCAGAACAAAAUGAUAAUGUUAAAACGAUGAAGAAUUCCACAGGCCAUAAAAAUUUGGAAAUUGUUGUCACUAAUGGCUAUGAUAAAGACAGUUUUGUUGAGGAUGUACAGAAUGACAUUCAGAUCACCUCUCUGAAUGACAGAAGUGCUGAAGAAGUUAAAUCUGUGGACCAAAACUUGGAGCAAACUAGAAAAACUGUCUACACCCACCAAGAUGUGAAUGAUGAGUAUAUUGAAGAUGUUUCAGGAAUUCAACAUUUGACCAGUGAUUCAGACAGUGAAGUUUACUGUGAUUCCAUGGAGCAAUUUGGACAGGAGGAGCCUUUAGACAGCUUUACAUCUAACAAUGGGCCAUUUCGAUACUACUUGGGUGGUAACCCCAAUCAGUCCUUGGAAAAUCCUAUUUUUUCUGGAAAUGUUCAAGUGUCUCCUGGAAAUGGCAGCUUUGGAGAUAUGCACAUGGUAGCUGUUGAAGGGAAAGGUGAAGUGAAGCAUGGAGGAGAAGAUGGCCGGAAUAACAGUGGCGCACCACAACGUGAGAAGCGAGGGGGAGAAAGUGAGGAAUUCUCUAACGUCAGAAGAGGGAAAGGGCAUAGGAUGCAACAUUUGAGUGAAGGAACCAAGAGCCGGCAAAUGGGAAGUGGAGGUGAUGGGGAGCGCUGGGGUUCAGACAGAGGGUCAAGAGGCACCCUCAAUGAGCAGAUUGCUCUCGUGCUCAUGCGGUUGCAGGAGGACAUGCAGAAUGUCCUUCAGAGACUUCACAAACUGGAAACGCUAACAGCUUCACAGGCAAGAGCAUCAACAUUACACACUAGUAAUCCAUCUUCCUCACAGAGACCAUCUUGGUGGCCCUUUGAGAUGUCUCCUGGUGCAUUAACUUUUGCCAUCAUCUGGCCUUUUAUUGCCCAGUGGUUGGUGCAUUUAUAUUAUCAAAGGCGGAGAAGAAAAUUGAACUGAAGAAAAUGGAAUUUUGCUCAAGAAGACUACUGGACCUGGGUGACCUUGGAAUGAAGUGGAUUGUGAAAGUCACAAGAAAAUCUUAGUUUGUGAUGAUUUACGUUUCUUUUUGUUGUCUAGUAGUUUGACUUGUGUACAUAAAUACGUAUAUAUUUUGCACUACACGAAUGAUAACAUUUUAAGGACUAAUAUUGCUGAUACUUGAAUAAUCAAUCUCAACUAGGUCAUAAGUAGCAUACCUAGAUUUACCCUACCCUUGAACUUGAAGGAUGUUAAAUUAUUAAUUAUUGUUUGGUAACUUGUUUACCUGAUUAUGUCCCAUAGAGAAAUAUAAGCUGCUUUUCCAGGUACAGUUGUGAUCAGAUCAGAUUUAUAACUGGACAUUUUUAAUUUUCUGCAUUAAAUAUGAGAAAGACUGCAAACCAGGAGUGAAUUUCAAAUGAGAUUAAAUCAACUUUAUAGCUUAGUCACUAAAUUACCAUGCCAAGGAGCAGCAAACUACUGGAAGAAUCUUUUCCAAACCCACUCUAUAGGCUGCCCUUAAUUCUUUCCUGGGCUUUCCCAACUCUAACUUUAGGAUUCAGGCAUCAUUAUUAUAAAAGUACAACCUGAUGUACUAGGCUUAAUUUCUACAAAUGAUUCACAACAUAACACAAAACCUGCUGGAAAAGAUGAAGAAUAGACUUACAGUAUGUUUGACAAGUAUAUUCUGAGCCUGCAGAUCAUUAAUAAGAUCUUUAUCGAAUCAUUUACAUAUAUUCCUUUGUAAUCAUUUUAACUGAAGAUAUCUUGUCUCUGCUUCAUAGGUGCUUUGAAAUAUAAAUGAAAACUUAUUUAUACUGUUUUUAUAAAGGUCAAAAAGGAACACAUGAUGAUCACUUUUAAGCAACUGGUAAACUACGUAGACUGGACUCAACCUCUUAGUGCCUCCUUUCUUUUUCCUAAUGGUGAUAAUUAGCGAUAUACCUGUUUCACAGGGGUAGUAGUAAAAGGAUUUGCAAACGAACAGGCCACAUGAGUAAAGCAUAUCCAACUAAUGGAAAUAGUCCCUCUGCUAUUUUUCCAGUAAGACAUAAAACUGUCAUUUAGACAGUUUUGAAUGCUUUUUGAAUGCUUUAAAAAAAAAUCCUUCCUGUAUAUCUUUCAAAACACUCUCAUUUGGCUUUUACCUUGUGCUUUCACUGAUUUGAAGAUUUCUCUGAUUUGAAGGCAUUGUAGCAAAUACUUUGUAAGCAUACAUAGUAUGUGUGAUGUUGAAUUUAGCAUGUGUUCAGAGUGUUUUCAAGAGGAAAGUAAGCCAUCCCUAAUAUACAGGAUGGGUCUUGUUUGCCUGAAGAAAAAAAUAAGAGCUUGCUUCUCAUCAUGUAACUUGAUUUUUUUACUUUUAAAUCCCACCUUGAUUAAAAUGUAUCUGUCUAAAAGGAUCUAAUGUUUGCUUUUUAAAAACUCCUCUAUUUUACUUCGCAGAAUAAAAUGAAGCAAGUACUGAAUUUCAUGUGAAACUAAAGAUUAGACUGAUGGAUCAGGGAUUCUUUUUAAAAGUUAGAUGUCAGUCUGGUACAGAAAAUGGUGGCUUUUCUCUUAGUAAAUAAUAAAUGCAAAUUAAGUAUAUAAGCAGUUGUGAUUCAUUACGAGUUGUGGGUAAUUAAUUCCUGGUGAUAAUGAUUUGUAUCCUACUCCAGUCUUAUUUUAUACUUUCAUACAGUUCUUGAAUAUAAAAUAAAGAUAUAAUUAUGGGGUAUAAUAUUACUGCUUUGUUUAACAAGAACCUCAUUUCAGAUUUUAA